AUGGAAAACAGAAACACCCAGAUACACCCAGAGAACAAUGAGGAGGCUCCAGCGGUCCAACCAAGUCCUGGCCUGAAUUCCACCAAAAAGAAGAUGGAUUUAGAGUCCACUGUGUCAGUCAGUCAGGCUGGUUUUGCUGAUGCCAAGGAAAAGGAGAAAGAAAAGCAGCCUGUAGCUCCCAGAGGACCAGAGGGGGAGCUUGAACACACAGGAUCACCCCAGAAGGGGCCAGGGGAGCUUGAGACCCAGGAACAGCUCUCAGCAAGACCAGAGUGAUCAUCUUUGGCAACCGAGGAAGGGCCGAAGGAUCUACAAGCUGACCAGGAGCAAGCCCAGCCUGACGGGGAGUGUGUGACCUCUGAAGAGCAGCAGCCACAGCCAACCAUGCCAACCAAGGACCAACAGGAGAGAUGGCAGAGCGCCGAGGCCAAAGAGAUUCCUCCCACUGAGAGCUGCCAGGCUCUCCCCACUCAAGGAGACACAGAUCAUCAUCUGGAAAAGCCAAGCGCCUCCGGCAGCAGGAGUCAGCCACUGGAGGAUGACCCCCCCAGUAACGCAGGCCUCCCACAGGUCAGGCUGCAGAAGCCCAUGCCAACACCCACCUCGGGGACACACAAGGACAGUCCCCAGGAGGCAGUGACACCCAAACCCAUGGUGACUGUGGAGGAAAAGAAGGCCCGUCCCGUCUUGUCAUCGGCACCAAUCCCUCGACCACACAAAGAGGGAGGUGAAGCUGCAGAGACCAAGGCAUCACCAAGGCCUCUUCCUCCACCAGUAAGUCGAGAAAGAAACAGUGAGAAGAAGGAGCUGGGCCAAGGGCAGAAGCAACGGCAGCAGGCUUCGGCAGCUGCAGGAAGCCAUGCAUCUGGGAACUCCCGUCGGGGCUUCAUGAAGUGCCUCCUGGAGGUGGAGGAGCAGGAAGAAGUCACCCAUCGGAGGACUUUGAAAGCCCGGACCCUGACAACCCGGAGGUCACCCAGGACCCUGACUUCUGUCUCCACCUCAGGCCCCAUCAGCAACUCAGUCCCAACCUUGCCUCUGACCCUGCUUGAACCCUCCACCUCAGCUCCAGCUACUGUCCCACUGUGGGUCAGACCACCAGCCCCUGGGCAAACCCCUACCUCUGUGGGGUCCCCUAGUUCAGUCCUGUCAGCUCCCACCCAGGACCUGAGCUGGAGAUGGCCAGAGUUCUUGCCCCAGGGCAGUGAGAGAAGCCUGAACUAUGCCAAGACACGGCAGGAGCCGGAAGAGCAUGGCCUCUUUAAACUGUACCAGAGCUGGGAGGAACGGUCUGAGGAGCACCUCACCUUGAAGCAAGAGGAAGCCUUCCGCAGCUACUUUGAGAUCUUCAACGGCCCUGGCGAGGUGGAUGCGCGGAGUCUCAAGAACAUCUUGCUCCUAAUUGGCUUCACCCUUACCCCGGCACAGGUGGAAGAGGCCCUGAUGAGUGCCGAUGUCAAUGGAGACGGUCAUGUGGAUUUCAAAGACUUCUUGGCAGUAAUGACAGACACCAAGCGUUUCUUCUGCUCUGUGGAACAGAAUGUCCUGAUGGAUAUGUCGCCCCCGAACCCCUACACACUGUUCUUUGAGAUCCUCUCUCUGCUGGUGGAGAUGCUGGCCCUGCCGGAGGCGGCCCUAGAAGAGAUCACAAACUACUACCAGAAGAAGCUGAAGGAAGGCACCCCCAAGAACCGAGAGAUGGAAUCGGCUAUGGGCGGACUGCGACCAAGGAAGAAAAUUCCUUACAACUCUCAGCAAGCAGACAGCUUAGAGGGCCCAGAUCGAAGGGUCCUCAGGAUCCUGAGCCGACUGAAGCAGCAGAACUAUGGUGCCAAUAUGCAGAGCCCCUAUGCCCAGGUGCCCUGCAUCCCACUCUGCCCACGGCUGGAGAAGAAGGCAGUCCGUCGAAAACAGGGUAGCCAUAACCAUUCGGUGCUGGAUCAGUGUGUCUCUACAAGCCUGGGCCCUGACCUCCAUGGCCUCUUCUUCCAGUCAGGACAGCAAGGAAGCAGGGAACACAGCUCUGACAGCAGAAAGUGGCUUAGCUCCGUGCCAGCCCGAACCCACUGAUCGUCUGGAAUCCUGGCUCCAGAAGUUCAAGGCCUAUAGACA